UUUAUAAUUGAUUUUUGUUUUGACACGCCCACAUAAAAAUGGCGUCUGAGUUGACUGUACAAGAUUUGGAUGUCGAAGAGCUGAAUGUGACUUCUGCCGUUCUGAUGGCUGGAGCACAGCACUACGGGGUGCAAUGUAAAGAAAAGAACGAUAAUUUCAUGAGAUGCAGGACGGAAUUGAAGGACCCAAGGAAAUGUCUCACAGAAGGGAAAGAGGUUACUAAGUGUGCCUUUGAGUUCUUUCGUAAAGUCAAAGGAGCGUGCAACGAGGCAUUUACUGAGCACUGGACUUGUCUAGAUUUUAAUAAUCAGGACUAUAGUCUUUGUAGGAAGACCCAGGCAACAUUUGAUGGCUGCAUGAGCGAAAAACUUAACAUGAAGAAACCUGAUGUUAAAAAAUAGACUCUAUCAUAUGCACUUCAAUUUGUUACAGCUUGACUGUUGUUUUUGGCACAUGUUAUUAUACACAUACAUAGGGCGUAUUAUUAGUGUAUUUAUUUAAUAUCAUUAGUUAAUUCCUGUAUACUUUUGAUUGAUACAUAUGUGUUGGCAUUGCUAA